AUGGAAACAACAGUCAUCAAUUCGUCCAGUUAUGUGCAUAAGAAGUUUGCGGCACACAAGCGCAAGCGGGAUGUGGACCAGAUUCUGGAUCAGAACAAGGAGAACAUGACGCUAGAUACGCCGCCUUGCAAACGGCGCCAGAUGAAGGGUUUCUUCCGCCCUUGGCUGGACAACGAACAGAACAUCGAAGCCUUCAGUAAUAAAACAUGCGACGCCUCCAACCAGAAGCUGUCCGGUGCUGCUCCAACUACUGCUAGUACCUAUCACGCCAACAUGGUGCGUCGCUGUCAGACACCGCACCAACGCAGCUCCAAGGAGCAGCGUCGUCGGGAUCGCAAUACCUUGGCGUGUCUUCUGAGCCGGCGGGCCAAGCAGGCGCAGGAUGCGCACCUGGCACAGCAAUACGAACAAUAUCGGGCCCAACAAGCAGCCAUAAUGGAGCAACAGGUCCGCUUCAGUCUCUACUAUCGCCAGCUGCUACAGCAGGCCAUCUUCCAGCGGGGAGUUACUGCGGCUGGCCUUCAGCUGCCCCAGCAGCAGCAGCAGUUCCUACAGCAAAUGGCGCUUUCGCAGCAACUACUGAUCUUUGGGUCCCAGCAGUGA